AUGGGAGGUUGCUGUUGUUGUUCUUCACGAAGAGCUGGUGUAGAUAAUGGAACUCCGUACUAUUACUACCCGAGAGCAACAGAAGAGCGUGUGCCUUUAUCUUCCGCGCAUAACAGGACUUCCUCUGCAAUCUCCACUGGUGUUGUAGUAGUAGACACAAACUUAGAGACAUCAUCUCCUGAUGCUUAUAUACCACCACCACUGCCUAUUCCUUUCGAUGUUGCUAUAGGGCUUCCUCAGACACCAGGGAACCGAGAAGAGACUACUUGUGUUGAUAUAAGAGAAGUUUCAGCAGAAACCACUAAUACCGAGUCUACUCAAGAAACAGUUGACGGUAUCACUCUCGGAGUUCCAACUACAUGCUCGUAUAAAGAAACAGAUUGCAAAAUCCAAACAGAGAUUGAACUUGAAUCUACAGAAGAUAUAGACCCAAAGCCAUCAAAAGACAAAGAUGUCUUUGUACCAAUAGAGGAAGAAGAGGAUUGUCCCAUAUGUUUAGAAGAAUAUGAUAUCGAGAACCCCAAACUUCUAGCCAAAUGUGAUCACCAUUUUCACCUCGCAUGCAUUCUAGAAUGGAUGGAGAGAAGUGAAACCUGCCCCGUCUGCAACAAGGAAAUGGUAUUCGACUCUCCCCUCGACUAG